AUGCAGGAAAAUGAAUACAGCAAGCUACAACUACGUCACCUAUCGUCAUUACGAAAGGAGCUCGAACAGGAGGUGGCCGAGCUGUUUCCAGAUCCAGAUCCGGAUCCACCGCCACGGUGCGAGUUCACACGCGCCGUAGCUGAUGGGCAAAACCGGUGUCCCACCCUCGGGGCCGCCGCCACAGCGGGCGCUGCUUGUUGUGUACUUGACGAGCAUCAGCGCAUUGCUGCCUGCGGCAGCGGAGCAGCCAACUACAUUCUACACUCCUUCGCGCCCAGCCCUACGUUCGACCUGGCCGCGUUCUCCGAAACCACCCAGCCAGUGCCGCCUGGCCAGCGGCUGCCAAACCGUUUCGUCCUGCAUGUCGUACACGCCGACACAGGCAGGACGCUGCUGGAGCCUGUUGUAGGUGUCAGCGGCGACGUGGGGUGGGUCUCACUGGGCAACGUUGAUGGAAGGAACGGCGAUGGCGGCGGAAGCGGAGCCGGAGGCGGCGGCGGCGGAGGAGGCCGCGUCUACUUCACUCGCGCUGCGCAACGGGAGCUAUGGUGCCUGGACGUCAAGCAGCCGCCGCCGCCGCCGCAGCAGCAGCAGCAGCAGCAGCGGCGGCGGCGUUCUGAGGCAGCCGCCGCCAAGGCGUCGCCUCGGCUGGUCUUUCGGGAACCCCACGGCCAACCCAUCCAACUCGUCCAAUACGGCACCUGCUUGUACGGCGAGACGCUGGGGAAUACGGGUGUGCCGCUGGAGGUACGGCUGCUGGGCGUGUGUAGCGCGGGCGCAGACGCACCAGUGCCAGGAGAAAUGGAAGGACCCAUCGGUCAGUCAGGAGCGGGUCUGCCGAUCCGGGGUGACGGGAGCAGCGACGGCGACGGCGACGGCGACGGCGACGGCGGCGGCGGCGGCGACGGCACAGGUGGCGUUACUGAACCGGAGGGGGUGGCGGUGGCGGCGAGGGCGGCGGCAGCCGCCAUGCAAGCUGCCGCCGCGGAUCAAUCGAUGAAUGGCGCAACACGGGGUGGCACCGAGCCAGGUACGACAGCAGUGGCGGCGGCGGAUGAUGGUGAGGGGUUGACGGAGGUGACGGCCGCGCGGCGGCUUGAAAACCACGCACAUGACGACGGGGUGCCUCUCCUGCCACAGCGGCCGGGCCGGCAGUACAGCGUCAUAUAUCUGGGCCUUGCGCCUGAUGCCGUCACUCUGGCGGGAGGGUACGAAGCUAACGACCGAGGCGAUGGCGGCGCCAGCGGCGCCGCCGAAGACCAUGCGGGUGUCCCAGGCCGGAAACGGCUCUUGUGUGGCGGCCGCAGCAGCUACUGCGGCAGCGGCACUGGGACUUCGAACGACGGCGAUUGUCCUGGCAUUGGCGGUAGCUGCGACGGCGGCGGCAGCAGCAGCCUCAGUCAUGGCAGUAGCUGUAACGGUUACGAGGCCUUGCUGCUGUGGCUCCGCGACCUGGACCAUCCAAAUGGCUGCCUGCUGCUGGCGCUGGUGCCGGUGCACCAUUCCUUGAAGCGAUGCGACCGCGAUCUUGGCCUGUCGUAUGUGCCGCCGCGGCGCCGCCAGAAGACAAAGCUGCUGGAGCUGCUGGCGCACAAUCCGAAUCUCCGGAUAGUGCACGUCGAAGUGCGACCGGGAGGCAGGGUCCUGUGCGUCCGGGAGGCUGUCGACGGGAGAGGUGACCCGGGAGGUCUGUACGAGCUGGACGAGCUGCAGCUGGACUGGAGCGCUGUCAAGCAAUCGGCGGUGGUGGCGGCGGCGGCAGACGCGGCGGCAGCAGCUCGUGCGGGCUGCGAGGAGGAUGUCAACGGCGACGGCGACGGCUAUUAUGGGUGGCGGUCAACGGCGCUGCAGAUGGGAGCGCCGCGAGGAGAGUCAGAUCCGUACAUGCGUACGGCGAUGCCGCUAGCGCUGGUGCACCGCCGCCGUACGGUUGUUGUACAGGGCCCGCGGCAGCACGUGCUAUGUGUUUUGGCUUGGGGGGAUGACGGCCAGGUGACGCUGGCCUGCAGCAACAUGGCCGCGGCGCCGUGGGUAACCUCGGUAGAAUUGCUGCCGUACGCCGUACAGGACUGUGGUAGUGUGGAGAACAUUGGCGGUGGGAAGAAUUUGAAUACGGCGGCGUUGCAGGUCGCGGCGACGAUGGCGACGGAGAUACGGUGCGGCGACGUAAACCCACGGCUCAUGAUAGAGCGGCUGUGGGCUACAUCGCAUGACGGCGCGCAGGUGCCCAUUACGCUCUGUCGCAUGGUUUCGGAGGCGGGCAAGACCGCGGCCGGCACAGGCGGGCAAGAGGAUGCGGUGCGGAAAUGCGGCACGGAACGGGAUCCGCCGUUAGACUACCAGCCGGCGCUGCAGCCACUUCUCCGCCGUGGCGUGGCAGUAGCGGUGGCGCACGUGCGCGGCGGCGGUCUGCUGGGGCCUGCAUGGUACGACGCAGGUCGCGGCGCCGCCAACAAGGCCAACAGCUACCUGGACCUUCUGGCAGCGGCGCGACACCUGGUGGCGACAGGCGUGACGACACCUGGGUUGAUGUGCCUGGCGGCGGAGUCGGCGGGAGGCUGGGCGGCGGGUGCGGCUCUCAACGAAAUGGGUACCCGCCUCUUCCGCGCCGCGGUACUGACCGUGCCCACCCUGGACGUGAUGACGUCACUCCUCGAAGACCCGACUUACGGUCCGUACGAGCUGGGUGAUCCACGUGCCGACCCAGCGCUGUACCGUGCAGUGCUACGCUGGUCGCCGUACGACGGGCUAGGCGCUGUGUCCGGCGUGCAGUACCCGGCACUGCUAUUGCGCGUGGGGCUGUUUGAUACGAAUGUACCGUACUGGGAUCCGGCCAAGUACAUGGCACGUCUGCGGAGCCUUGCAAGGCGAGAUGGUGGGGUCGGUGUCUCGCUGCGUUUGAUGCAAGUAAGCUUGGGUCAGGGGCCUGUCAAGCCGGGCGGCCAUGAAACGUACGACAAUGUCGCCGACGAUGCGGCGUUCUGUGCAUUCGUACUAUGGUCGCUUAGGAUGUGGCCCGGCAAGCUGGAGCGCGUUGGAACAAGAAAGCCUGGGACUCAA